UUGUUGUUGUUGUGCUUGUUUUAGGGAGGUGAUGCUCAUGGGGUAAACAUGCGCUCCUUGUUCGUAGAACUGCUUAGGGCCAACAAGCCCUUAGUGGUCCAUAAUGGUCUGAUAGACAUGGUCUUCUUGUACCAAUGCUUCUAUGCCCAUCUUCCUGAUCGACUGGGCACCUUCAUUGCCGAUCUGUCCCAGAUGUUUCCCUUAGGCAUCUAUGACACGAAGUAUGCAACGGAGUAUGAGCUGCGGUUUACAGCCUCAUACUUGGAAUAUGCCUAUAAGAAGUGUAAGCUGGAUAAUAGCAAAGCCAUUGCAGGAGGUGGCAAUGGGAGUCGUGUGUUCCUAGAGUUUUGUAAAUAUACAGGCAGCAUGCAGAGCUACAUAGACUACAGGCUGUGCUUGGACAACCAGAAUCAGGAUGGUGCCCUCAACAUCUGUGUUCAGUUCUCUGCAUAUGGAUGGUGUCCUAAUGGCUCUCAGUGCUCCAUGUCACAUGACACAGACCUUAUAAUCCAGCAUGAUGAGAAGAUCAGAGAAGACAAGAGGAAGAAGAGGAAGCGCAAGAACAAAAAGAAAGGUUCUCAAGGGCCCUCUGAGGCAUGCAGUUCCCCGCAGGGCAAAAGGUCACACUUUGAAGAGACUGAGCUGGACCAGGCAGUGCCCAUAUCUGAACCAGCACUCCCUGAACCACAGGAGAAGACAGCAAGUUCUGAGCCAACAGAUGCCACACAUGCGUUUGAACAUGGGAAAGCAGCCAGCAAGAAUGGAAAUGAGGAAUCUCAGCCAGAAGCAUCUUCUGAAGCUCCUGUUAGACCAAAAGAGAAGAAAGCCGAAGGAGGAACUCACCGAGCAGGGUUUGACGCUUUCAUGACCGGCUAUAUUUUUGCUUAUGCCAGAAAUCUGACAGAAAACACAGAAGAAUCCAGCACUGCUCCCCUCAUCCCUGCAUGUCUCAAUAAGCUCUUCCUCAGUGGCAAGUCUGUUCCUCUACAUGUAGCCAAAAGCACCUUCUCCAAGUCUUCAAAGGCUCAUGUGCACAAGAUGGACUACGUCUGGGGAAAAAGCACUGCUGUAAAACCUGAAGGAACUGCAUAGAAACCUUUGAUUUUCAGAUGUCAAUUUUGUGUACAUUUUUGGUCAAAUAAAAUCUAAGGUUUUCUACGGUUUCCU